UAUUCCGUGAACAGACGCGCUGUAGAGCAGUUGGAGAAUCAAUUGGUUGUAGUCUUUUGGAGUCGCUUGAAAUUAGUUGGGUCGGUACGUACGUAAUUUUGAGCUAUUAAUCAAUACAAUGGCGGACAAUGAUGAUCUUUUGGAUUAUGAAGAUGAGGAACAGACUGAACAAGUAGUUGAUGGAAGCGGUGAUGUUCCUGCAAAGAAGGAAGUAAAGGGCACAUAUGUUUCUAUUCACAGUAGUGGAUUUAGAGAUUUCCUUUUAAAGCCAGAAAUUUUGCGUGCCAUUGUUGAUUGUGGCUUUGAACAUCCAUCUGAAGUGCAACACGAAUGUAUCCCUCAAGCAGUACUUGGGAUGGAUAUACUGUGCCAAGCAAAAUCUGGCAUGGGAAAAACUGCUGUAUUUGUAUUAGCUACUCUUCAACAGCUGGAAUUGAUUGAAAAUCAAGUAUAUGUUCUAGUGAUGUGUCACACUCGAGAAUUAGCCUUUCAAAUCAGUAAGGAAUAUGAGAGGUUUAGCAAGUACAUGCCACAUGUAAAAGUUGGUGUAUUUUUUGGUGGUUUACCUAUACAAAAAGAUGAAGAAGUCUUGAAGACCAUAUGUCCCCAUAUUGUUGUCGGUACCCCUGGUCGUAUCCUCGCUCUUGUACGGAAUAAGAAACUGAAUCUGAAGCAUCUGAAGCACUUUAUACUUGAUGAAUGUGAUAAAAUGCUUGAAUUAUUAGAUAUGCGCCGGGAUGUACAGGAAAUAUUCAGAAGCACACCACAUAGCAAACAAGUCAUGAUGUUCAGUGCCACGUUGUCCAAGGAGAUACGUCCUGUCUGCAAAAAGUUCAUGCAAGAUCCCAUGGAAGUCUAUGUCGAUGAUGAGGCCAAGCUCACUUUGAACGGUCUGCAGCAGCAUUACGUUAAAUUGAAGGAGAACGAGAAAAACAAGAAGUUGUUCGAAUUACUCGAUGUUCUUGAGUUUAAUCAGGUUGUCAUAUUUGUCAAGUCUGUGCAAAGAUGCAUGGCUUUAGCGCAACUUCUAACAGAACAGAAUUUCCCUGCAAUUGGAAUUCAUCGUGGUAUGACGCAAGAGGAGCGGCUAUCUAGAUAUCAACAGUUCAAAGAUUUCCAAAAGCGUAUUUUGGUUGCGACAAAUCUGUUUGGACGGGGUAUGGACAUAGAACGUGUGAAUAUUGUAUUCAAUUAUGACAUGCCGGAAGAUUCUGAUACAUAUUUACAUAGAGUGGCGCGUGCUGGGCGUUUUGGUACAAAGGUAAUAAAAUUCCACAUAGUAUAAAUUAAUUAUUACCUU